AAACAGAACAAGGAGGUGAGGCUGAACAAUGACACCACAGAGAAGGAAACCAGUUCCUGAACCAGACUCACGACUUUUCCCCCAGUGUCGCCACUGUGUUUCAACUUUAGGUUUGAUCAAGAUGAGAAAGGUGGUUUUGGUGACAGGAGCUAACAGUGGUAUCGGGCUGGCUCUGUGUCAGCGUCUCCUUUCAUUGCACGCAGAGAGUCUCCAUCUCUGUCUGGCCUGCAGGAACAUGCAGCGAGCUCAGGCCGCACGCUCUGACCUCCUCGCCUCUCACCCCGCAGCCAACGUCGACCUGCUGCAGAUGGACACUAGCAGCAUUUCCUCGGUUCUCAUUGCUGCAAAGGAAGUCAAAGCCAGGUAUGAUCAUCUGGACUACCUCUACCUUAAUGCGGGAUUCAUGCCUAACCCAACAUUUGAUGUAAAGGCCUUUUUUAAAGGCCUCUUUUCAAGCAAUGUCGUCACCAUGUUUGCCACCGGGGAGGGGAUUCUGACUCAGACAGAUGGUGUCACUCCUGAUGGUUUGCAGCAAGUUUUUGUCACCAACCUCUUUGGUCACUUCCUUCUUGUUAGGGAAUUGGAGCCGGUUCUGUACCACCCAAACCGGACCUCUCGGCUGGUUUGGACCUCCUCUAGUAACGCUCACCGUUCUGCCUUUAACCUUGAGGACAUACAGCACCAGAAAGGCACUCAGCCUUACAGCUCCUCCAAAUAUGCGACGGAUCUGCUCAGCUUGGCUCUCAAUCAACACUACAACAAACAGGGCUUAUACUCAUCUGUCAUCUGUCCUGGUUUUGUGAUGACCAAUCUGACCUACGGCAUCCUACCAUCGUUCCCGGCCUUUCUGUGGACGCUGCUCAUGCCCGUAUUCUGGUUGAUACGAGCCUUCACCAACACUUUUACUCUCACGCCUUAUAAUGGAUCUGAAGCUCUGUUUUGGCUAUUUAGGCAAAAGCCUGAGUCUCUGGACCCAUUUGCUAAAUAUCACAGCUUAACAUCGGUGCUCGGAAACAACUACACACAACCACAGAAGAUGGAUAUUACUUUGGAAACAUCAGAGUCCUUAUAUAUGAAAUUACUUCAACUUGAACGUAAGAUGAGGGAUAAACUGUCAGAGAAUGAAAAUUCCACCUGCUGAUCCCUUCAGAGGAGCUGAAGAAGCUAAAUGAUACAUCUUCCACACCGAAGGAAAAAUUAAGCUAUUUUUCUCAAGCAGCUUGCAGAAGAAUUCAUAACCUGUUAACCAAUAUGCAACCAAAAACUUUACUAGAUUUAUAUUGGGAUUUAAUGUGUUAGACCAGCAAAACUGAAUGAUUAUCGAACAAACAAACAUUUUAAAAGUGUGAAUUGCAUUUGCAUACGGCAACGUUUACUUUGCUGUAAUUUGAUUACAUUCUUUAUCAGCAUUCUACAGCGAGAGACAACUACAUAUCCGAGCUCUAUUUAUCCCAAGAUCAGCCAUACUGGAUAAGAAAAGAUAACCUUUCCAGCCCUUGCUUAAAAAAGAUAACCACAGCAUGAUGCUGCCACCACCUUGCUCAUGGGACAGAUGUGGCUAUACAGCUGGAGUUUGUUCCUUCCCAGAGCAGCUUUAUUUUGACUGAUUAAAGGACACAGGCUGGACUCAUUAUUCUGACAUCUGUAGGCAAUGAAUUGCUGGUGAUUCUAUCAGUGGGCAGCAGUAGGGGCGGUUCUAGACGAAAUUUACCAGGGGGGCAGAGAGGGGCCCGUGGUUCCGCAUGGGGGACAGAGCAAAGAGUAAUGCAAAAAAAAUAUUAAAAUAAAAAAGUGAUCUAAAAAAAA